AUAUAUUAUUAUUAGAGUUCAAUAUACCCUUUUGAUUGAUUAUUGUCGAUCUGUGGGAGGGAUGACGAUGAUGAAGAAUACUAAAGGUGUGGUUCUGUUUGUGAUGGCGGUGGCUCUGCUUGUGACUGUGAGCCGGACGUCGUUAAUGGCGGAGGCAACAAGGUACAUAAGUCCAUGUGUCCUAAACCCUAAUGAGCCUGGCUGUCCUGGCGCUCCUCCUAGUAUUGGCACUCCUCCUAGUACUCCUGUCCCUGCCAAUCCUUACGACCGUGGUUGCUUGCCCAUUAACCGCUGCCGUCCUGGUAAUGGAGGCGGCGACCAUGCCUAAACUAGGUCGAAUUAUGAUCAUGUGCGUGCCGUUGUUUUCGUUUGAAUUCGUCUGUAGUACAUUGUGAUAUUGCCAUCAUUGUAUUAUUUCAAUAAUUUAUGAAUGAUUGGCUUUGGUUCCUAGAAUCCUAGUAUCAACUUGUCUCUCUUUUUUUCUUGGGACAAACUUAAUCAAUGAGUUUUUUAUUAUUAUUAUUUGAUCCAAAAUUUUAGAGCACAGAAGAACGAGAUUGGUGCUAAUUAUCUGCUUACACAAAAAAUUAAACUUGUACCACAUCGGUUAAAAACAAUGAAUUAAAAGGUGAAAG